CUCACCACAUGUUUUGAAGAUGGCCAACCUUCCUUCGGAAAUUGAGGUGCAGUUUGCCCAAAAACUCGCUUCAAACGAAAAGAAGUACAGAGACAGAGCCGUCAAGAAGUUGAGGAAAUGGAUAGAAAUACGAUCCUCGCAGGAAGUCGGUGGCUUUACAGAGGAACAGUUGGUCAAGAUAUGGAAAGGUCUUCAUUAUUGCAUGUGGAUGGCAGAUAAGCCCCUCAUACAGGAGGACUUGGCAGACUCUCUUGCCAGUUUGAUGCAUGCGUUCAAAACACAUGAUGGUGCUAUCCAAUAUAUAGACAUCUUCAUACAGACAAUAUGCCGUGAAUGGUUUGGGAUUGAUCGACUACGCUUGGAUAAGUUCAUGAUGCUAAUGAGGAGAACAUUUAGGCAAAGUCUACAAUUGUUAAAAGCUGGCAAGUGGAAGAAACCACAAAUAGAGAGCCUGUUAGAGGUGUUUAAGAAGAUGGUGAUAAAUGGAGGACAUAAUGCGGCCCCUGAUGGUGUACGCUUCCAUUUUGCUGAUAUGUAUCUGGAUGAGUUAACCACUGCAGGAGCUGAGGAGUUAUCAUCUGAAGAAACUCUAAUGUUUCUCAAGCCUUAUAUGGAAGUGAUUGCAAUAACACCAAACAAAGCUCUGAGGGACCACGUUGUCAACAAUGUUUUUAAUGAAAUCAUAUUAGAAGCUGUACAGAAGGUGGAGGAUGAAGCCAUACAAGACGAAGACGAAGAAGAUGAGGAGACUGAUGCAAAGUUGCAGUAUAACUACACCGCCAUAGCAACCAGUUUGUUUGAGCUUGCUGCAGAUAGUAAGAAGUCGUUGCCGAGGAACAGACCUAUUUUAUACCAACUCAGAGACAAGUUCACUCAGCUGUCCCAAGGUACUUUGCCUGUGGAGGAUCUAUCCAGUGGUUCUGACGAUUCCCUUACUGAGGAGCACGUCAUCAAGGCAACCAAGAGACUGCAGAAGUUCUAUACAAACACACAAGAGAAGGAGAGUAGGGCGGAAAAGAGAAAAAGGCGGAAGCAGCAGAGACUUGAAAUGAUGUCAGAUAUGGAAGAACCAGCAGCAAAGAAGAGCAAAACAGAUGAGAGAACGGACACUUCACCUCCUAAAGACAUUGUUAAAACUAAAAAGAAGAAUAAGUUUAAAGAUAAAACAAAUGUGAAAAAUAAAGCGAAAGACACUGGGGAUAGUACUGGAGAGGAUUUAGAUGAACUUACUACUCAAGAAAGUAUAGAAAACCCUCCUCCCCUAAGUAAUAAGAAAAAGCUGAAAAAGAAGCGAAAAUUAGAAAUUGACGAAUCUAGUGCAAUUUCAAAUGUGAACAAUGAUAAUGAAAUUCAACAAAAUGAUACUCCAGUUGAAGAAGUUGAAGCACCAAAAAGUAGCAAGAAAGAGAAGAAAUUAAAAAAUAAAGAAAAUAUUGAAAAUGUAGCAACAAAAGAACCUACUUUAGAAUCAACUCCGUCUUUACCCAAAAAAAUGAAACUUAAAGAUCAACCUAAAACUCCUGAUGUCAUCAAAUCUAGUUCGAAGAAAAAAGCAAAGAAACUGAAAACUGACGUAGAAUCCUCAAGCACCUCUGAUAAACUUGAAACUCCGAAGACUAAGACGUUGAAACAUGACAGUAAAAAACUCGUAAAAUCAAGCAGUAAAAAAGCAUUAAAGAAAAACAAAGCUGAAGCCACUACUAAUGAUUCGCCUAAAGUUAAACUCUUUGAAACAUCUGAAAAGACUAAAGAUAUGGACACUGGAUCUAACACAAAGAAAAAUGAAGGAGGGAAUCUUGAAGAAGAGGUGGAAAUUUGGAUACCGAACAAGAAGUAUAAAGCAAAGACUGAAGAGCCAACUCUGAAUAUAAAGAAGAAGAAACAGAGUCCUAAGACUGAGAAUAAACAACAGUUUGCGACAUUUACAAAAGUUCAGAAAACGCCACCUGCAUUUGUGAAAAAGUCGAUGGAUAAGCUCAAAACUCCAAAAACAGAGCCCAAGAAACACAAACUGAAGAAUAUCGGUGAGGUCCCAGGUUCUGCCCCUAAUACUCGCUCGAGGAGAAUUAGCUUUGGCAAACCUAAGGUGCAAGCCUAUGCAGAGAGUCUCAUAAAAAGCCCCAAACCUGCGUUUGACCCAGAUGCCAAGCCAGAGAAUGGGAUUCUAAAGACCCCUCCAAAUAAGAUAAUUUUUAGUAAAGUGAAGACACCCAAGUCUGGGAAACUUCACAAACACAGCAGCGCAGCAAAAUCAGGACGCUCCAAGGCAGCAGAUUUUUUCUAAAAUGAAGAUUGGAUUACUCUAGGGGUUGAUGUUGAAUGGUGCCAUCAUGAAGUAAAUGUUGACACUAUAAUGUGAUUAGUGCCAAUUUUGAUGUGCAUGAAAAGUGCCCCUUUAGAAUAUUAGUGCCACAGAUCUGUUGUGAAUUUCCUGAAUGGACAAGAUGGCUUGAUUAUUGAAUAGCUGCUCAUCAGAAUGUUUGAAUGGAAAUCGAGUUUUACAUAAAUACGUUGAGUGAAUGACAAACAUUCUCACAAUGAUGUGAAAGAAGAAAUAGCUUAAUUAAUAUCAAUAUUGUCAGCACGGUUGGAACUAAAUGCCUUAUGGG